GAGUAUUGGAGAUCUUGGGUGCUGCCGGAUUGUCUACUACUGGAGUUUUCUUUUCUGACACUAUUUCUUCCGGUCAAAAACUUGCUUUACUUGCUUUCUUCAAUGUUCGGUUUAAUCAUGGGCUUGGGCUGGGCUGGGCUGGGCACGGGUGUAUGCAUAGACUGGUCUGGGUUGGUUGGAGCCCUCCAUGUCUCAGGCGACUGCACUGUUGUUGAUGUACAAAGAUACCCUUGGGAUGCAUAUAUCACUGAUCUUUCCUUCUUAUACAUGUUGUUAUGGAAUAUUAAUGCGACAUAUUGCUGUCUUCGGUAUGAGUGUAGUAAAAGAGUAAGCUGUGAUGAACAUCCCAGUUGCCACUGAGUCGAGAAUGCCGGCAACCCCGGCAGGUUCAAC